AUGCUAGCGGCGUAUGCCGGGAUUGGGCAUCGUAUGCUCGCGCAGGAGACAUUCGAUGCGAUGCCCGAGCGCGAUAUCGUGUCCUGGACGGCGCUCCUCACCGCUUUCGCAAGAAGCGGCCGAUCGGAUCGCGUGGAGGAGCUGUUCGCGGCGAUGCCAGUGAGGGAUCUAGUGUCGUGGAAUUCGAUCGUCGGCGCAUAUGCCCUUGGAGGGCAUCUGGAGGAGGCCAAGCGAGCGUAUGAUUCCAUGCCCGAAAGAAACAUUGUCUCGAGCACGACGAUGCUUAGCGUUUUUGCGCAAACCGGGCACAUUGGUAGCGCCAGAGCAGUGUUUGAUUCGAUGCCCGAGAGGAACUUUGUGUCGUGGAGCGCUAUGAUCUGUGCAUAUGCCCAAGCAGGGUAUCUACGAAAUGCGGAAGAACUUCUGGCGCGCUCGGCCGAGGUGAGCGUCGUGUCCAUCAAUGCGAUCAUGGCGGCUUACACGCGCAUGGGAGAUUUCGAUCAAGCUAAGCAGCUGUUUGAUUCCAUGCGCGAGCGGGAUCUUGUUUCGUGGAACUCGCUUCUUGCGGCAUUUGCCGCAAAAGGGGAUAUUGAUUCCGUAGAAACUCUGUUUUCUAGAAUGAAAGAGAUCGAUGCUGUGUCGUGCAACACAGUUCUGGCAGCAUACUCGCAAUCUGGAAAGCUUUCCAGCGCUGUAAACGUAUUGAGUUCAAUGCCCGAGCGGCAUCUUCUCUCCUGCAACGCUAUGAUCGCGGCCUUUGUUCAAAACGGGCAUUUGGAGGAUGCCAAGUGCUUGUUCGACGACAUGCCCCAGAGAGACGUUUUCUCUUUCACGGCUUUGCUCUCCGGCUAUGGCGGCCAAGGCUUUCUCCAGGAAUCGCGAGAGCUCUUCUUCCAAAUACCCGAGCAAGACACAGUCUCUUGGAACGCAAUGCUUUCGGCAUUCUCCACAAAAGGGCUUCUUCCAGAGGCAAAUCGCCACUUCGACACAAUGCCGGACACGGAUCUCGUGUCCUGGAACUCGAUCAUAGCCGCAUACGCUCAGAACGGCCACCCCUCCACCGCCGAGGAGCUCUUCUUCGCAAUGAACACGCAAGGGGUGACCCCGGACGAGACAUCCUUCAUUUGCAUCGCUUUGGGUUACAGCCAUGGCGGGGACGUUUCCUCGGCGUGCUGCUGCCUCGCUUCGAUGGUGGCGGAGUUUGGAUUGAAGCCCUCGAGGCAAGUCUACUGCUGCAUGGUGGAUUGCUUGGGACGCGCAGGGCGUGUGGAAGAGGCCGAGGAUCUUGUGAGGAGCAUGCCUUACGAGCCAAUAUCCGUGGAUUGGACGUGUUUGCUGGGAGCAAAGUCUAGAAAUCGAGGGCAAAGAUCUCAUGCUGUUCUCCUAGAACAAGCUUUGAGUGUAGAUUCUAGGAAUUCUUCUGCCUAUGUUCUUCUGGCAAAUAGCAGCAAUUUUGUUUAG